UUACUCAUUUUCUUUCCUCCCCAGCGGCCUCCUCCUCCAGGACGGCCGGGGGACGAAGGAGCUCAGGCUCCCUGGAGAAGCCCGGCGCCCGGCGGGUGGGGCGGCCCAGGGCGCGGUCCCGGCCGCAGCCAGCCCUCGGGGCCCAGCCGGACCCCCUUCCGCCCUCGCGGCACCGCGGGCGGGGCUUCCUGCCGCGCGCGGCCACGCCCCCUGGGCUCCCUGCGCUGGCCAUGGCGGCGCUGGUCUGGGGACGGCGCUUCCCUCGGGCGUGGCUCUGCAGGCGUGUCGGGCCGGGCUGUGGCCGGCACUACCGCGCCGCGCUCUGCGCCGAGUUGCAGCAGCCCCUGACCAUUGAGGAGGUCGCCCCCCGCCCUGUCGGGCCUCACGAGGUCAGAGUUGAUGUCCAUUUCUGUGGCGUUAACUUUGCUGAUAUUUUGGUGUGCCGUGGUCAGUAUCAGAAAAGGCCCCAACUUCCCUUCACACCUGGCAUGGAGUUUUCUGGGACAGUAUUGGAGACAGGCACAGAUGUCAGCACAGUGAAAGAGGGAGAUCGAAUUCUUGGCGUGAGUGACUCUCAUGGCAUGGCUGAAGAAUGCAUCACUGACCAGAAGGCACUGUGGCAGAUUCCAGAAAAGAUCCCUCUCCGAGAAGCUGCCGUCUUGCCCGUAUCUUAUGGCACUGCUAUUUUGGCCCUGGAACAUCGGGCCCAUACCCAGCCUGGAGAAACUGUUUUAGUGACGGCAGCAGCUGGAGCCACAGGCCUUGCAGUGAUAGAUGUGGCCACAAAUGUUCUUCAGGCCAAGGUAAUAGCUGCAGCUGGAAGUGAUGAGAAGUGCAAGCUGGCUAUGCAGAGGGGUGCGCAGUCCAGCGUGAACUACAGUCAGAAUAGCUUGAAGGAGGCAGUGAGGAAACUGGUGGGCAGUGGCGGGGUAAACGUGGUCAUCGACACCGUGGGAGGAGAUAUCUUCCUAGAGGCUCUAGGCAGCCUGGCAUGGGAGGGCAGGAUUGUGGUGGUAGGUUUUGCUGGAGGAACCAUUGCUUCUGUGCCCGCUAACCUCCUGCUCCUGAAGAAUGUCUCUGCCAUGGGACUGUACUUUGGCCGAUACCAGGUCCAGAACUUUCCCAUCUUCUCCAGGAGCCUGUCCUCAGCUCUUCAGUACUGCCAGCAAGGGCGCAUCCAGCCACACGUUGGAGCAGUUUUUAAGCUGGAGGAGGUCAAUGACGCCUUCCUUCAUGUGAUGCAGUGGAAAUCCACGGGCAAGGUGCUUCUCUCCCUUAAGUAAAUCCUCACUUCAGCAGGAGACUUGUCAUCUUUCCAAAAAACUUGAUUUCCCUCCUGUUUGUCUAAAAGUGUUACCACCUUCCUUAUUAAUCCAGGUUCAGAAUCUUUUUAGAGUCACCUUUGAUUCUGUUUUCUUACUCCUCAUAAUUAGUGUGAUGAUAACCUUUAUUGGCCAAACUUGGACCCAUCUGAGAGUGAAAGGAUGCUGUUAGUAAUUACACCAGGAAAAUAGGUGUCCCAGGCAAGACAGGAUGUAUGGUCACCCUAUUUGUAAUGCAUCAGUAGCCAGGUUCUGUCAUCCCCACCUCUAGAAUUUCAUCUCCACAUCUUCUUUUCCAUUCUGACUGUGUCUCAUCUGCUAACUCCAAUGACCUCCUAACUGACUUUCCUACCUUUAAACAACCUCCACCCCCUUCAUCCUUGUUGUACAUUAUGGCUGUGGUGACCUCAAAGGAUAGCUGUGAUUAUGUCUCUCUCAGAAAACCUACAGUGGCUCACCAUUGUCCACAUGGUAGAGUUGAGACUCUCUGAGCUGGCAGUUUGUCAUGACCUUGAUUUUGCCCUUCUGUUUUCCAUCCUUGAGUCCCACUGGUCCCUUGGUGUGCACAUUCAUCUCCCACCUCCCCGAUGCGGCUCUGCUCAGGUGGUUUCCUCCACUCCCUUAUCUCCAGCGUAAGCCUUCCUGGCCUCCAAGACAUGCCUUGGCCAUGAUCCUUUCCCCCCAGCAAGGCUGUCAUCUCUUCUACCUUCCAGUAGCUUCUCCCCCAGAAUUUGUCACAUUCUGCCUUGCUCCAAAGGGAGCAGCAUGUCUCCUGGGAUGAACACAGGAUUCUGAAUCCAAGAUGUGGGUUUGAAUCCCAGUCUCAGGACUUUGAAGGUGGUUACAUAAGAUCUCUGAGCCUGCAUUUUCUCACUGUAAAGUGAAUAUUACCAUAUCUACCUUGCAGUUGGUUGACAGCAAUACAUGCAGUGAUUGGGCAAAGCCCCCCACGUGGUAAGCAAUUAGCAAAUGCUAGUUACUUUUACUCUCUCUCCUUUCCUAAUGCAGUGUAAGUUCCUUGAUAGCAGGUACCAUGACUGAUCCACUUUUGUACUUCCCACAGUACCUAGCACAUUGAAUCACCCUUGGUAAAUACUCAAUUAAUUGAAUUAAAUUUGAAUUAUCUGCAAGUCUUAAAUUGUGGGAUUAAGUUAAUAUGUUUCCUUGACACAAUAUAAGUAGGUCACAGGGAAGGCAGUACAGCACAGAGAAGACAAGUAAUGACUCUUCAGCACCUUACUACACUGAUGGACAGUGACUGCAAUGGGGUCAGUUGGGGGGACUUGAUAAUAUGGGUGAAUGAUGAAACCACAAUGUUGCUCAUGUGAAACUUUCCUAAGAUUGUAUAUCAAUGAUACUUUAGUAAAAAAAAAUAUGUUGCUCUGGAUACAACCCAAAUGUCCAUCAACAGAUGAAUGCACAAACAAAAUGUGGUAUCUACAUACAAUGGAAUAUUAUGUGGCCUUCAAAAGGAAUGCUUGACAAUAUGCUGCAAUAUGAAUGAAUUUUGAUGAUAUUAUGCUAUGUAAGUGUGUAUAUACAUACACAUAUGAUAUGUAAGUGAAAUAAGCCAGUCACAAAAGGACAAAUAUUGUAUGAUUCUACUUACGGAAGUACUUAGAGUAGUUAAAUUCAUAGAGACAGAAAGUAAAAUGGUGGUUGCCUGGGGCUGAGGGGAGGAGAAAAUGGAGAGUCCUUGUUCAAUGGGCACAGAGUUUCAAUGGGCAAGGUGAAAAGUCCUGGAGAUGGAUGGUGGUGAUAGUUGCACAGCCAUGUGAAUGUGCUUAAAGCUACUGAACUGUACACUGAAAAAUGGUUAAAAUGGUAAAUUGUAUGUUAUACACAUUUUACCACAAUAAAAAAUUUUUACAAAAUAUAA